AUGUCUGUGUCCAUCCACAACGCAGUGAGGCGAAUGGCUGACUGCUACAACUCUCUGCGGCGGAGCAAGCUCACAGUGGACGAUCUGUCCGUCGCGAGCGGCGCCAUGGCCGGGGAGACGAAGCGGCACAUCGUGCACGCCCUCGAGUCUCUCAACGAUAAGUCUACGAUCCGCGAUGCUUUCAAGGUGACGCUCUUCACAUACCUGCUGCUCGAGGGCCGUCCUGACAUCUUGCAACAGAGCGAAGGAAGCAGCGAAGGCGCAGCCGCCACCGCUGCCAUGGAAUUUUUUGCCCCGCUGUGGGCAACGGUGGGAAAGCAGCCCUACCUGUUAGACGCCUUCACGGCAAAAGUCGUUAGUCAGCGGCGAGGAGAUCGCGCGCUUAGCGGCGUGCAGGCAAAGCAGAUUGGCGAGGUCUUGCGGUAUGUGCGAGAGCAGCGGACUCUCCAUCCAGAGAGCACGCGUGAGACUAUGCUGGGGAAGAUUAAGGAGCGAUUUGGCAGUCCUCACAGCAGCACCCUCCCUUUGUAG